CUAUAAUUUUAAUAUAUUUAGACUGCUGAUUUGAGAGUAGAUCUAUUUUACUGGUAUCUCAUACAGACUGGAUUCAUUUUGCAGGGUAAACGUGGUACCGGAAAACAACCGUUUCAGCUUCCUGAUUUCAUUGCUGCAACUGGAAUUGAUAAAAUUAGACAGGCAUACAUUGAAAAAGAAGAUAGUAAGAAGUCGAAGCAAGUGCAACGAGAAUGUAUGCAGCCAAAGAUGGGCAAAACAGAUAUUGAUUAUCAGGUUCUUCAUGAUGCCUUUUUCAACUACCAAACUAUGCCAGAGCUCACAACACUUGGUGAUCUGUACCAUGAAGGGAAAGAGUUUGAGGUAAAAUUAAGAGAGAUGAAGCCAGAAUUGCUGUCAUAUGAACUGAAAGAAGCACUUGGUAUGCCAGAUGGUGCUCCUCCGCCAUGUCUCAUUAAAUAUGCAGAGAUAUGGUCCCCCUCAUUAUAUCCACAUUUGAAAAUCCCUGGACUGAAUGCUCCCAUCCCCACCGGAGCUAGCUUUGGUAAUCAUGUAGGUGGCUGUGGAAAGCCUCUGUUUAAGAAGUUUUUUGAAGUGCUCGGCAUUUCUAUCAUAUGUACGGGAUCUAAACUUCUUUAUUCAAUUAUUGAUUUUUUACUAACAGCUUUUCUUUGGUUUCUUAAUACUAUGGCCAACCAUUGUAUGGCGACGUGUUUGGUGUUCAGCAACAAGAUCAGCCUAAUUAUGAGGAAGAGCCAGUUGCUAUUGGGGUGAUUUGGAGAGAGAGGAAGAAGAGGAAGAACCGAUGGAGGGCGAAGAUCUAGAAGAUGGUAUUGAAUCUGUAGGGAUCGAGCUCGUCUGCAGUGAGAAGCCUGCAGUUUUGG